AUGGAGCGGCUGGGUAGGAAAGUGCAGGAGAGCCUAUGCGAGAUCAUCAAAGUUUGCGUCACUGCCGAAAGGCUAGCAAACUUCUCUUCUACAAACAAGGAAUUACUAGCAUUUCAACAACUGCUCGAUACAGGUUUCCAGAAAAUACUGACAUUCAACCCUGAGGCGCACCUGCAGGGCAUGGACCUGAUGUUUGCGCCAAACUUUACCACCCUGCAAUCCUACAUAAAGCGCCAGAAAAUUCUCUACCACAGCAAGUUCGGAGAGUUCGGAGUCAUGGAGGGUCAAUUCGCGGAGCCGUCUGGAGUAGCUGUUAAUGCUCAAGGCGACAUUGUCAUAGCAGACACCAACCGACAUCGUACCCAGAUAUUCGACAGAGCCGGCAGAUUCAUGUUACGCUUUGGAGAGUGUGGCAGGAAAGUCAGCCAGCUGCAUUAUCCGAGUCGUGUUUUUGUCGUUCGCGCUUUCGGCGACAUCAUAGUCACCGAGCGGUCUCCAACGCACCAGGUCAAAGGUUGCAACCAGUACGGACAGUUCCUGCGAAAGUUUGGUUCCUCAGUCUUGGAGCAUCCGCGCGCAGUCACUGUCGGAAUCAUCGCCGUUGAAUGCAAAGUGAUGCGCGUUAUCAUCUUCGACCUUUGGGGGAACAUCUUGAGUCAGUUCAGCUAUUCCGAACACCUCGGGUUCCCGAACGUCGUCGCAGCAAAUAACAAGGAUGAAAUCUUUAUCUCGGACAAUCGAGCCCAUUGUGUGAAGGUGUUCUCCUACGAAGGUGCACUUCUCAGGCUCACUGGUGGAGCGGGGGUAACCAACUAUCCCAUAGCUGUCUGCAUCAACAAAAAUGGUCAUCUGGUCGUAUCUGAGAAUCACCACUAUUUCCACAUCACGGUGUUUAUGCAAGAUCUGCUGAGUGCUUUCGAAAGCCACGUGAAGCAUGCAAAGUGCUACGACGUAGCCCUCACGCACGAUAACUCCGUCAUUAGCAAGGACUGCAAACUCUACAUUUAUCGCUAUGACCUGUCAUUGUUCUGAAGGUUGUAUGCACUAAAAUUUUCCGAUGAUGCUAUA